AACAGGCAUCGGCGUUUCGUCGAUCAGAGCACCAUAUCGGCGAGCGUUUCUCUUCCUGGCGAAGAAAUCGACGCGGCUGCACGUAUUCCACGGUUACGGGAUUUGGAGUGUGGUUUCUUAAACGCACCGCUGAGAUGGAUGAUGAGGGGCUCACAAAGGAAUUCUUACAAAAUCGUAUUGAGCAUCUUGAGCAUGAACGUGAUGAACUCAGAAAAGAUAUAGAGCAAUUAUGCAUGCAACAAGCUGGCACUAGCUAUCUUGGAAUUGCAACUCGAAUGCAUUUUCAAAGGACGUCUGCUUUGGAGCAGGAGAUUGAGAUAUUGAAAAAGAAGCUAGCUGGAUGCUUAAGAGAGAAGAAAAACAUUCAAGAGGAGCUUUCUGAAGCAUACAGGAUAAAAUCGCAGCUGGCAGAUUUGCAUAGUGCAGAGGUUUUGAAGAAUAAGGAAGCGGAAGACCAGCUGAAGUUCUUCCAGGGCUGCGUUGCUGCUGCAUUUUCAGAACGCGACCACUCCUUAAUGGAGUCUUUGAAGGCCAAGGAUUUGGUGGAAGCUAUGUCAGAGAAAUUAAGAAUUUCCGAGGAAAGAGUAGAGGAGCUUGAAUCAGCAUAUUGCAGUGAGAAGGAAUGUCAUUUUGCUUUAAAGAAUGAGCUGGGUGAACUAAAAGAGAAACUUGAAUCCUUCGAGAAGGUUGUUAAUAAGUUUUAUUUGAUUCGCGAGAGGGAUGUUGGACCCUCUGCAGAUUGUACAUGGCAAAACAGAUGCUCGUGUCUUCUUGAUGACUCUUCAGACAAAUGGAUUUUCUACAGUGAUAGCAGAUCUUCUUCUUCAACUUACAUAGCCUCUUUAGAAGAAGAAAUUGAGUCACGUAAGAAAGCCAUGGAAAAGCUGCAAAACAACUUGCGGAUGGGGCUCCAAAUUGAACAGCAUUUAAAAAGAAGUGCUCAAAUUCUUGAAAAAAAACAAAUACAAUUGAUUGAAAUGUUUGAGAGUAGAUUAUCAUCUCUGCGUCAUAUACAUAAUCAGCUCAAGACGGAUGCUGUGAAAUUAUUGGAAGAAGAAAUUUCUCAUUUGGGGGAAGUGCUUCUUGAAGUAAAUCAAAAAUUGCUCCCAGUUCACUUGAAUAGGGAGCCCGAGCAAGAAACUUUUCAGGCUGAAGCAGAACAUCUGUCCGAUAAUGAAUGCAAGGAUGUUCAUAUUAACGAUGAUGUUGGUUCUAGCUUUUCUUUUAAGGGGACUGAUAUGCCCUCAUGUGAUCAUUCAAGCAGAAUGCGUGAUGCAUCAGAUGCUCUUUCCCAGGCAUUACAAGAGAAGGUUGCUGCUUUGCUGCUUUUGUCGCAAGAAGAAGAAAGGCAUUUACUGGAGAGGGAAAUGAAUGCUGCUCUUCAGCAAAAGUUGGAAGAACUUCAAAGGCACUUAUCUCAAGUUACGGUUGAAAAGAUUGAAGCUCUCAUGGAGUUAGCACAGCUGAAGCGUGAAUACCAGAUGCUACAUGAAGGAACACUUACGAACCUUUCUAAGAAAACAUCUUGGAAGCGCUGGAUGGACAAAGAGCUUGGGGCACGUUUCAGCAAUGUUAAAGUUAGUACUGAAAGGAAUGUGACUGCCAAUGAGAACCAUUCCAUGGAUUUGGCCAGGUUGAAAGUUGAGAAUGCAGCCGUUAAAGAAAGCAUGUCGAAUUUGGAGCAUCUUACUUCUAAAGUUCAUCGACUUCAUAUCUCCCUGUUAAAGGUAAGAGACGAUACUGCGGCCAUUGGUUCUUCAGAAAAUAUGGGGUUAUUAAAGAGCAUAAUGGCAGAAGCAAACCAGGUGAAAACUGCUCUAAGUAGCUCUCUCCCUCUUAGCUGGUCUGCGGAUCCUACGGUCGCCUCUAUCGCGUACGAUAGUCUCUUCGAGCCAUCGGACGGCACGUUGGAGCAGCAGCGAAGUAGUGAUAGAGUUGUCUGCUCCGCAGAAAUUGAACUUGUGGAGCUUCUGAUUUUAGCUGCAGAGUUAUUCAAGGAGAAAGCUGAAAUAAUUACUUCUUCCUAAUUGGAUUUCUAUGUUGUACAUAGUGUUUUACUGGCUGCCGGAAUUCGUCUUGUAUUCAUAUAAUGUUUACUUAUUCAACCCCAACAUCAAUUUAAACGCAUGCCACCUUCCGUAUGCGCAACAAGUUGGAUUUCA